AUGGCUGCCCGCGUGUUCCCUCCGGCUUCGGCCCGCAUCGUCGACUCAGCCAGCGACAGCAAGCUCAUCUGCCUCGAGCUUGAAGAUGGCUCUGCUUACCAGGGCUACAGCUUCGGCGCCCCCAAGAGCAUCGCCGGCGAGCUCGUUUUCCAGACUGGAAUGGUGGGCUACCCAGAGUCGGUUACCGACCCCUCCUACCGAGGCCAGAUCCUUGUGAUCACUUUCCCUCUGGUAGGAAACUACGGAGUUCCAUCUCGUGAGACCAUGGAUGAGCUCCUGGGAGACCUUCCUGCCCACUUUGAGUCCUCACAGAUCCACAUUGCCGGUCUCGUGGCCGCCUCAUACUCAGGCGAGGACUACUCUCACCACUUGGCCACCUCCUCUUUGGGAACAUGGCUCAAGGAGCAGGGAAUCCCGGCAAUGUAUGGUGUCGACACACGAGGUCUCACCAAGCACAUCAGGAACCACGGAAGUAUGUUGGGUCGCAUGCUACUCCAACGCUCCUCGGCUACUGAGAGUGGCAAGGAGCUCUCUAUAACGAAACUUGCAGCCCCAGACUGGUCUCAAUAUUUCGAGACUGUUGACUGGGUGAACCCCAACAAGAAGAAUCUUGUUGCUGAGGUCUCCAUCAAGGCACCAAAGCUCUACAAGCCACCGCAAAAUGUUGCUCUGAAGCAUCCCUCCGGCCGACCGAUUCGCAUCCUCUGUCUCGAUGUUGGUAUGAAAUACAACCAGCUCCGUUGCUUCCUCAAGCGCGGCGUCGAGGUUCUAGUAUGCCCUUGGGACUAUGAUGUGUCCAAGGGAGCUGGCACCGAGUACGAUGGUCUCUUCAUCUCCAACGGCCCUGGUGACCCGUCUGUGGUCCAGGACGCCGUCAAGCGUAUCUCUGCGGCAGUAUCUGCAAACAAGACUCCCAUCUUCGGUAUUUGCUUGGGCCACCAGCUGCUGGCGAGGGCUUCCGGCGCCACAACAAUAAAGAUGAAGUUCGGAAACCGCGGUCACAACAUCCCUUGCACGAGCAUGGUGACCGGCAAAUGCCAUAUCACAUCGCAAAACCACGGUUUCGCUGUGGACGCAGCCACCCUCCCUACCGGCUGGAAGGAGCUUUUCGUGAAUGCCAACGACGGCAGCAACGAGGGUAUUAUGCACGUCGACCAGCCCCACUUCAGUGUGCAAUUCCAUCCCGAAAGCACACCGGGUCCCCGUGAUACCGAGUUCCUCUUCGACGUUUUCAUCAACACUGUGGUCAAGUGCGCCGCCGACAGCAGUCUUCUGCAGAAGCCUGUCAGCUUCCCCGGCGGCACUAUUGAAGAGAACGAAAGACUUCACCCCCGCGUGCACGUCAAGAAGGUCCUCGUUCUUGGAAGUGGUGGCCUGAGUAUCGGACAGGCUGGAGAGUUUGACUACUCUGGAAGUCAGGCAAUCAAGGCUCUGAAGGAGGAGGGUAUCUAUACUGUGCUCAUCAACCCCAAUAUUGCCACCAUUCAGACCUCCAAGGGUCUCGCAGACAAGGUCUACUUCCUCCCAGUCAACGCCGAUUUCGUACGCAAAGUCAUCAAAUACGAGCGUCCCGACGCCAUCUACGUCACAUUCGGUGGCCAGACCGCUCUCUCAGUGGGUAUCCAGCUCAAGGACGAGUUUGAGGAGCUCGGCGUCAAGGUUCUCGGAACCCCUAUCGAGACCAUCAUCACUACCGAGGACCGUGAGCUCUUCGCUCGUAGCAUGGAGUCCAUUGGAGAGAAGUGUGCCAAGUCCGCGUCGGCAAGCAGCGUGGACGAGUGCAUGAGGGUCGUGAAGGACAUUGGUUUCCCCGUCAUUGUAAGAGCAGCAUAUGCUCUUGGUGGGCUCGGAAGUGGCUUUGCCAACAACGAGGCUGAGCUUCUUGAUCUUUGCAACAAGGCCUUGGCGGCCAGUCCCCAGGUCCUUAUUGAGAGGAGUAUGAAGGGCUGGAAGGAGAUCGAGUACGAGGUGGUGCGCGACGCUCAGGACAACUGCAUCACCGUCUGCAACAUGGAGAACUUCGAUCCCCUUGGUAUCCAUACCGGCGACUCCAUUGUCGUGGCUCCCUCGCAAACACUUUCGGAUGAGGACUACAACAUGCUGAGGACUACCGCAGUCAAUGUCAUUCGUCACCUGGGUGUCGUGGGUGAAUGCAACAUCCAGUACGCGCUCAAUCCUUUCUCCAAGGAGUAUUGCAUUAUCGAAGUCAACGCCCGUCUUUCGAGAUCCUCUGCCCUUGCGUCCAAGGCAACUGGCUACCCGCUUGCCUUCAUCGCAGCCAAGCUUGGCCUUGGUAUCCCCCUGAAGGAGAUCAAGAACUCGGUUACCAAGGUGACAUGUGCUUGCUUCGAGCCAUCUUUGGAUUACGUCGUGGUCAAGAUGCCCCGCUGGGAUCUUAAGAAGUUCACCCGAGUGUCAACCUUGCUCGGCUCUUCAAUGAAGAGUAUUGGUGAGGUUAUGAGCAUCGGUCGGUCCUUUGAGGAGGCCAUCCAAAAGGCAAUCCGUGCCAUUGAUUUCCACAACCUCGGCUUCAACGAGACCAAGGCUCUCAUGUCGAUCGAUGACGAGCUGCAAACGCCGUCAGACCAGCGUCUCUUUGCCAUUGCAAAUGCGAUGGCAAGCGGCUACACUGUUGACAAGAUCUGGGAAAUGACCAAGAUUGACAAAUGGUUCCUCAACAAACUCAAGGGCCUGAGUGAUUUUGCCAAAACCAUGUCUGGCUUUUCCAAAGACGACAUCAGUGGACGCCCUGACUUGUUGCUGGAAGCUAAGCGUCUCGGCUUCAGCGAUAGGCAGUUGGCCAAAUUCUGGAGCUCCAACGAGCUGGCUGUUCGCUCCCUCAGGCUUGAAGCAGGCAUUACACCUUUCGUCAAGCAAAUUGAUACCGUUGCAGCUGAGUUCCCGGCAUUUACCAACUAUCUCUAUCUCACUUACAACGCAACCGAGCACGACAUUGUGCUUGACGACCACGGCGUUAUGGUACUCGGCUCCGGUGUCUACCGUAUUGGUUCCUCGGUCGAGUUCGAUUGGUGUUCGGUCCGCGCGAUCAGGACUUUGCGUCAACAGGGCUACAAGACCAUUAUGGUCAAUUACAACCCCGAGACUGUCAGCACGGAUUACGACGAGGCGGACAAGCUCUACUUCGAGAAUAUCAACCUGGAGACUGUGCUCGAUAUCUACGAGAUGGAGUCUGCUAACGGUAUCCUCGGCGCCAUGGGUGGCCAGACACCCAAUAACAUCGCACUGCCUCUGCACCGCUACGGAGCAAAGAUCCUGGGAACCUCGCCAGAGAUGAUCGACACGGCCGAGAAUCGCUUCAAGUUCUCUCGUAUGCUUGACAGGAUUGGUGUGGACCAGCCCACCUGGAAAGAGUUGACAAGCUUUGAGGAGGCCAAGAAGUUCUGUCAAACAGUGUCAUACCCGGUUCUUGUCCGCCCAUCGUACGUUCUCUCGGGCGCGGCCAUGAACACUGUAUACUCAGAGGCCGACCUCGAGUCCUACCUGAAGCAGGCUGCCGAGGUUUCUCGCGAGCACCCAGUGGUCAUCACCAAGUACAUUGAGAACGCCAAAGAAAUCGAAAUGGACGCCGUUGCAAAGGACGGCAAGGUUGUUGGUCAUUUUAUCUCCGAGCAUGUUGAAAACGCUGGUGUUCACUCCGGAGACGCAACACUCAUCCUCCCGCCCCAAGAUCUUGAGAAGACGACGAUUGAAAGGAUUGAAGAGGCAACUCGCAAGAUUGCGGGUGCCCUCAACGUCACUGGACCUUUCAACAUUCAAUUUAUCGCCAAGGAUAACGACAUCAAAGUCAUCGAAUGUAACGUCCGUGCCUCGAGGUCAUUCCCAUUCGUUUCCAAGGUCAUGGGCGUGGACCUCAUCGAGAUGGCGACCAAGGCCAUUAUGAACGUGCCCUUUGAGGCGUAUCCGGAAGAAGAGAGAACAUCGAGCGCCGUCGCCUGCAAAGUUCCUCAGUUCAGUUUCUCUCGUCUUUCGGGUGCUGAUCCAGUUCUGGGUGUGGAGAUGGCCUCGACCGGAGAAGUCGCCUGUUUCGGAAGGGACAAGUACGAGGCGUAUCUCAAGGCCUUGCUCUCCACGGGCUUCAAGAUCCCUAGGAACAACAUCUUGCUGUCUAUCGGAUCUUAUAAGGACAAGAAGGAAAUGCUGCCGUCUGUUGCCAAUUUGCAAAGACUCGGUUACAAGCUCUUUGCGACGGCCGGUACAGCCGACUUCUUGCAGGAGCACGGCAUCCCGGUACAGUACUUGGAGGCUCUGGGCUCUGAGGACGACGGACAAAAGUCAGAGUUCUCGCUCACACAACACUUGUCCAACAACAUGAUAGACCUUUAUAUCAACCUCCCCUCGAGCAACAAGUACAGACGUCCCGCCAACUACAUGAGCAAGGGAUACCAGACCCGCAGAAUGGCUGUCGACUACCAGAUUCCCUUGGUUACCAAUGUCAAGAACGCUAAGAUCCUUGUCGAGGCUAUUGCCAGGCAUUUCGAGCUCGAGGUUGGCCUGCGAGACUACCAGACCAGUCAUCGUACCAUGAUUCUGCCUAGUCUUAUCAACAUUGCGGCUUUUGUUCCAGGUAUCGUGUCCCUUGGCUCCAAGGACUUGAGCACUGUUACCAAGGCAUCUGUGGCGGCCGGUUUCAGCAUGAUCAGGGUUAUGCCGGUAGGCGUAGACGGUGCCAUCACAGACGCAAGGUCUCUCAAGGUCGCACAGCAAAACGCCAAGUCGGGCACCUACUGCGACUUCAACUUGUCAGUCUCGGCAACCUCGAGCAACUCUGAUCAAAUCAGCCAGGUCAUGGCCGAGGUUGGGUCGCUUUUCAUUCCCUUCAACCACUCGUCGGAUAACAUCAGCAAGGUAGCUGCCGUGACGGCUCACUUCGACUCUUGGCCAGCCCACAAGCCCAUUAUCACGGACGCCAAGACCACAGACCUGGCUUCAGUUCUGCUGCUGGCAAGCCUUCACAACCGACGCAUUCACGUCACGUGUGUUACUAGCAAGGAUGACAUCAGACUCAUUGAGCUGAGCAAGCAGAAAGGUCUCAAGGUUACUUGUGAUGUGUCGGUCUACUGCCUUUACCUGUCUCAGAAGGACUUCCCCGAUUGCCAGCAGCUUCUCCCUACCUACGAGGAUCAGCAGGCUUUGUGGGAGCACAUGAGCACUAUCGACGUGUUCUCGAUCGGCAGCCUUCCCUAUCAGCUAGCCCACACUCUGUCGCAUGACACUGAUGCUUCUGUCGGUAUCGCUGAUGUCCUCCCACUCCUGCUCACAUCGGUCUCCGAGGGCAAGUUGACUAUGGAUGAUAUCAAGACUCGCCUGCAUGACAACCCGAUGGAGAUCUUUGAGCUUCACGAGCAGGUCGGUACUUCGGUUGAGGUGGAACUGAACCGAUCAUACACUCUUCCCAAGUCCGCCAACUGGUCCCCAUUCGCAGGCAGACAGGUUCAGGGUUCCGUGCAAAGGGUAACUUUCGAAGGCAAGGUGGUGUGCCUCGAUGGGCAGGCUCUCCAAGUCUCGCCUAUGGGCAAGGACAUGUCCACUCACAACGCUCUGCCUUCGCUCCCCAUGUCGCCGCCUCUCAAGCCGGCUCUGCAAAUCCCUGAGAGCCCUGUCGUUAGGCGCCAGUUUAUGCUGUCCUCAGGGCCUCGUCCUAUCCUGCGGCCGAGAUAUAUCGAUGCUGCCAUGUCAUCAUUAUCACCCACUGUCAACAAGUCUGCUGUGGACACCGAAAUCCUUUCCCAGGGCAUCCCGCCGACUGUGAGCACUUCAUCGCUGGGCGAACUGCUUUCCGCGCCGUCUCGCUUCAAGAACCAGCACGUGCUUUCGGUGCAUGACUACAAGCGCAGCGACCUGCAUCACCUCUUCACUGUUGCGCAAGAGAUGCGUCUUGGUGUGCAGAAGGAUGGUGUUCUGAACGUACUCCGGGGUCGUGUUCUCUGCACUCUCUUCUACGAGCCGUCUACGCGUACCUCGGCGUCGUUUGACGCUGCCAUGCAACGCCUUGGUGGCCGGACCAUCGCAAUUGCGACUUCGCACUCGUCAGUGCAGAAGGGGGAGACACUGCAAGAUACCCUGCGCACUGUUGGCCAGUAUGGUGACGCAGUGGUAUUGAGACACCCUCAGGAACAGAGUGUUGACAUUGCGCAGAAGUUUAGCCAAGUGCCAGUGAUCAAUGGAGGAAACGGAAGCAAAGAGCACCCCACUCAGGCGUUCCUGGACCUUUUCACUAUCCGUGAAGAGCUGGGUACUGUGCAGGGCCUGACCAUCACUUUCGUGGGUGAUCUGCUCUACGGACGGACAGUACACUCUUUGGCCAAGCUCUUGCGCCACUACGAGGUUCGCAUCCAGCUUGUUUCGCCCAAGAGUCUUUCUCUCCCGGCCUACGUCCGCAACGAGCUGGUAGAGCGCGGCCAGCUCUUGUGCGAGUCAGAGACUCUGACCCAGGAGAUAGUUGCGCGCAGCGACGUGCUUUACUGCACUCGUGUGCAGAAGGAGCGUUUCCCCAGUGAGGAGGCAUACGAAGCCGUGAAAGGGGCUUACCGCAUCGACAACGCCAUGUUACGCCAGGCCAAGGCUAACAUGAUUGUGAUGCACCCCCUCCCAAGGAACGAUGAGAUUGCGGAGGAGAUUGAUUUUGAUCAGCGGGCAGCCUAUUUCAGACAGAUGAGAUAUGGACUUUACUGCCGUAUGGCUCUGCUUGCUCUGGUGAUGUCCUGAGCGAGCAAGAAAGAUGUUUUCUUUGGCUCAAGGCCAACCGGUUGCUGGAUCCCCAAAUACGAAACGCAUUAGUUUUAGCUCUUUGGGUUCUUCUACAGGAUGCGGUUAGGCAUUUUAUCCUUGGGUUUCUCGCGUCGAGGUAAAUAGAGAUGUUCAUUUUUUUGGUUAUUGCUUUCUGGUUUUUUGGAUGGGAGGUUUUUUUUUCUGGAUUUCGUGGGCGAAUGAAUGCCUGGACUUUUAGUCAACCGAAGAGAGAGAGAAAAACAAAAUCUUAGGAGAGAGGCAUAUAGAGCGAUAAAUCACGCAAGUGACUUAAAUGGAGGAGUCAAGGCGUCAAGGUCGUAGUCAUUUUGGAAUGAGCCCGCACGCCG